AUGACACCAACGGAUUCAGAAGUUGACGUCCUGAUUGUCGGCGCUGGGCCAGCAGGGCUCAUGUUGGCAACAUGGUUAUCGCAACUCCAAAUCAGUACCAGGAUUGUAGACAAAAGAUCUACAAAAAUCAUGGCCGGCCAGGCGGACGGGUUUCAAUGUCGUACCCUUGAGAUUCUAGACAGUUUUGGAAUCGAUAGGGUCUGGAAAGAAUCCAAUCAUAUGCUCGAAGUGUGUUUCUGGAACCCUGAUGAGAACGGAGUAAUUCGACGAACUGCCAGGGCCCCGGACACUCCUAAGGGGCUUAGUCGAUUUACAGAGAGCGUGCUACAUCAAGGGCGCAUGGAACGCUUUUUUCUCGACCAUCUUAAAGAAACCGGAGAUAGAAUCCGUGUUGAACGCCCCGUAGUCCCUUCGCUUCUCCAAGUCGACGAGUCCGAGAUCAAAAAUCCAUCAGCUUACCCAGUGACGCUGAAACUCCAGCACCUGACGGACGAACAAGCAACCCCAAACCAAGGCAACAAUGUCCCCAACGGCCUCUUCCGUUCAAAUCUUACUGCCGACGACACUGAUGAUUUAAUCCGAAAAUCAUCAGGGAAGGAAGGAACAGAAGAAACCAUUAGAGCCAAAUAUGUAGUCGGCUGUGAUGGUGCUCAUAGUUGGACUAGGAAACAGCUUGGAUUUAAAAUGGAAGGAGAACAUACGGAGAUUAUAUGGGGGGUUCUGGAUGUAGUACCUAUCACCGAUUUCCCGGACAUCAGAGUUCGUUGUUUGAUUCACUCCGCGAGCGCAGGUUCUUUAAUGGUUAUUCCCAGAGAGAAACGGGUCGUUAGACUUUAUAUCCAGCUGAAAGAAGUUGGAUUCGGUGGAGGUGCAGUGGAUCGGUCCAAAGUCACACCGGAGCAGAUUCUGAAAGCUGCACAGAAGAUUAUAGCCCCAUAUAAGCUAGAAUACGAACAGUGCGACUGGUUCACUGCGUAUCAAAUUGCACAGAGGGUGUCGGAUGGAUUUGAGAAGUUUGACAGAAUUUUUUUGGCUGGUGAUGCAGUUCAUACCCACAGCCCCAAAGCAGGGCAAGGUCAAAACGUCUCGAUACAGGAUGCCUACAACUUGGGUUGGAAAAUCGGGAUGGUAGCCCGGGGACAAGCCAGCCCGGAGAUUCUUAAGACAUACACCACGGAACGCCAACAAAUUGCGAAGGACCUAAUUGCGUUCGACCAAAAAUUCUCGAAGCUUUUCUCGGGCCGACCGGCGAAGGAUGUAUCUGAUGAAACCGGUAUCAGUCUUGAAGAAUUCCGAAACGUUUUUCACCAGGGAGCUGUAUUUGCCGCUGGAUUAAGUGUGGACUAUGGACCGAAUAUUCUAGUCGUUAAGGAAGACGAGGGGAAGGAAGGGACAGUGAGGUGUCGACCUGAUUUAGCUGAUAAGCUAAAGAUUGGUAUGCGACUUCCCAGCCACAAAAUCUUAAAUCAAUCCGAUGCUCUAGCGAUCGAGCUUCAAAGGCUGCUGCCUUCAGAUGGACGGUUCCGACUGGUUGUAUUUGCUGGUGACAUCUCCAAGCCCGAAAUUUACUCUCGUUACGAAAAGCUCGGAGACUAUCUGGCCUCGAAAGACUCCUUGAUUUCAUCGUAUACCCCACAGAACAGCCCUAGAGAUUCUGUUAUCGAGGUGCUCACAGUACAUUCGGCUAAGCGAACGGAUAUUGAGUUACAAUCUUUACCGGAGGCCUUCCGUCCCUUGGAUAAGUCGAAAGGCUGGGAUUACUGGAAGGUUUAUGCAGACGACGAGAGUUAUCACGAAGGCCAUGGAAAAGUUUACGAGAACUUUGGGAUUGAUAGAGACGAGGGAUGCAUUGUGGUAGUUAGGCCGGAUGGAUACGUUGCGGCUACCGUCUCGGUGGAUGACACUCAGAGCUUGGAAACUUAUUUUGGAAGAUUCAUGAUCAGAUUGUAA